AUGUCAGCUAUCGACUCAUGCGAUGAGCCCAAGACUUUUCGUCAAGCAUCACUAAACCAUGAAUGGCGAGAAGCCAUGAAGAAAGAAAUUAAGGCCCUUGAACAAAAUGGUACUUGGACUCUUGAGGCGUUGCCUAAAAACAAAAGGGCGACUGACUCAAAGUGGGUUUACAAAAUCAAGUACAAACAAAUGGAGAGUUGCAAAGUUGGUUACUAUUCGUACCUUGUUGGCCGUGGCUGUGAAAGAAAUUGGAUUAUUCACCAACUUGACGUGAAUAACGCUUUCUUGCAUGGGGAUUUAGAGGAAGAAGUCUACAUGAAGAUUCCAGAUGGUUUUGCUAAACAGGGGGAGGCUCGUGUUUGCAGAUUAAGAAAAUCGAUCUAUGGUUUGAAACAGGCGUCACGUAAUUGGUAUCAAAAGUUCACAAAAGCUCUCGUUGAGCUCGAGUUCAGACAGUCAAAGGCAGAUUAUUCUCUGUUCAUUUAUAAGUCAGAAAGGUCCUAUGUAGCUGCGCUUAUAUAUGUUGAUUAUGUAGUCAUAGUUGGAAACGACUCUGUAAAAAUACAACACACUAAAGAUCAGCUCGACGAGAUGUUCAGAAUCAAAGACAUGGGUCCGUUAAAAUAUUUUCUUGGAAUCGAAGUCUCUCGUACUAAGGAAGGUUUGGUCUUGAGUCAAAGAAAAUACACACUAGAUAUCCUGAGGGAUAGCGGCCUGGAAGGGUGUAAACCUAGUUCCUUUCCCUUGGAACAAAACCUUAAGCUUGGGAAGGGAGAAGGAGAAGAUAAAGUGGAUAGCAGUCAAUACAGGAGGUUAGUUGGUCGUCUCCUUUACCUGCAGGCCACCAGACCGGACAUCACCUACGCAGUGAAUAUCCUCAGCCAAUUCGUGACAGACCCUCGCCAGAACCACAUGGAUGCAGCAACUAGAGUUCUGCGGUACUUGAAAUCGACUCCGGGACAAGGUAUAUUGUUACCAAAAGAAGGUGGCAUGAACUUAUUGUCAUAUUGUGAUGCGGAUUGGUUAGGAUGCCCUUUGUCAAGAAAGUCUCGAACUGGUUACUUAUUGUCUCUCGAAGGAGCACCCAUAUCAUGGAAGUCAAAGAAGCAAUCAGUAGUUUCAAGAUCAUCUGCAGAGGCAGAGUACAGAGCCAUGGCUACUACUGUCAGCGAGGUGAUUUGGGCAAGGUGGAUGUUGAGUGAAUUAGAGGCUAAACAAGGAGAACCAACUGUUUUGUUCCGCGAUAACCAGGCGGCUAGGCAUAUAGCAAUUAGCAAACAAUCCAGCCUUCCAUGA